AUGCGCUUCUCGCUCCUCGUUUCCGUUGCUGCCCUCUCCGCCGCCGUUUCGGCCUCGCCUGACAAGCGCCAGGAUGACAAGUGCGCUGCCCAGUGCAGCUCUGAGCAGAAGCUCUGCACGUUCCGCGAGUCGCCCGACUGCCCAGUCGUGUGCACUGCCACCGAGUACAACAAGUGGGUUGCGUGCCACUCGUGUCUCCUGAGCGUGCCCGACGUCGCCCGCGCCGACGAGGUCAAGGGUUUCAUCAGCCGUCUUGCCGCCGGAUGCCUGUCCACCGGCAACUCCCUCACCGGCGGCCCGACCUCGGCUCUCUCGACCGUCACGGCGUCUGCCGCCGCCAACACCCCCUCCGCCUCGGCCGUCACCCCUUCCGCCUCGGGCAGCGCUGCUCCCUCGAGCUCUGCUUCUGCUGCUUCGGCCUCGGCCUCCGCCCCGGCCGCCACAGGCACCUCGGGAGCGAUGGACCGCGCCGUCCCCGUCCUCGCUGGCGUUGCUGGUGCCGCGAUCGCUCUUCUUGCCUAA